AUGUCGAAUAGUUCUGAGCGUACAGUGACUGCCACCGCUAUCUCCUCCCCAAAUAAUUCGUACAACACCCUUACGAGUGCACAUCACUUUGUGUCACUCAAACUCACGCACAGGAACUAUCUAUACUGGCGAACACAGGUGAUUCCAUUCCUCCGGGGUCAAGGUUUACUCGGCUACGUAGAUGGUUCGCGUCCACAACCGUCGCCAUUCCUGGAGCUUCCCGCCAGUGACAACUCCAGCGACGCUAUCUCCGCCACGGAGAAUCCAGCCUACGCCGCUUGGGUGCAACAAGACGCCUCCAUUCUCUCCCUUUUGAUCUCCUCCCUCUCCGAGGAGGUGAUGUACCUCGCGCUCGGGCAAACCACCGCUCGCGGCGUCUGGACGGCGGCAGAAACGGCGUUGGGAUCGUCCACGCAGGUGUGCUGCCUUAAUCUGCUUGGGCAGAUUCAAUCCCUUCGCCAAGGUGACAGCUCCACCUCCGAAUACCUAGGCCGGGUGCAGCAUCUCGUUGAAGACCUCGCACUGGCCGGAAGGACCUUGACGCCGUCGGAGCAGAAUCUGUAUGUUUUCCGGGGUUGA